UUCAUUGUCUGUGUUCAGGGUGUUCAGUAGCUUUACUCUGUCAUCUGAUUGCACGUUGCACAUUGCAGUUGCACUGAUUACACCUAGUUGUGACGUAGCUGCAUACGCACCAAACAUGUUCCAUACUCAGCAAUUAAUUAUGAAUUCCAGCAAAUUACGUCAGUUUUAUAGACUCAUUUCUACUAGAUCACCGCCUCAGAGUUUAUGCGUUAUAUCAGUUAUAUCGCGAACAUUUACGCAGGAUAAAUUGUUAAAAAUUACUUCGUGCAACACAAUUUUAACACACGUACAGCUAUCCUUAAAUUUUACAACUUCGACAUUUCUUAAUACCGAUAUUAAGACCAUGUCCGAUAAAGGAUCCCUUGACGUUGAUUAUAAUGGAAUUUUAAAAGCUCAGAAUGAUAGUAGCGUUUUAAUCAUUGAUGUUAGGGAAAAGGAAGAGAUUGAUGAAACUGGAAAACUACCUGGAAGUAUUCAUAUUCCAAUGGGAGAAGUUGCGAAUACUUUGCUAAGCCUCUCUGAAAAUGAUUUUAAAAAGAAAUUUGCUAGAGAGAAACCUUCGAAAGAUACGAAAAUCAUCUUGAGCUGCAGAUCUGGCAAAAGGAGUAGCAUGGUUCAAGAAGAAAUACAGAAGCUUGGAUAUGAAAACGCGUACAAUUAUGUUGGAGGAUGGCUGGAUUGGGAAAGCAAUCAAAAGGUAUAAAAAAUAUCUUUCUUUUUAUGUAUGUCGGGUAUAUUUGUCAAUAAAGUGUCGUUAAUUAGA